AUGGUCCCAUUUUGCGGUUCUCUGGUUUUUGUGCUAGCAGUUUUUCAAUGCGCAGAGGCUCGGAAGCUGGAAUUUGCGCAGGCCCUUUUCCGGCACGGAGACCGCGCCCCACUGCACCUACCGUAUCCGAACGACCAGUAUACGGAGAAGUCGUGGAGCAGAGGAUGGGGACAGUUGACAUCGGUAGGUGCAUUCGGAAACGAUCAAAUAGAUUCAGAUGAAAUUUUACAGAUAGGAAUGCAACAACUGCAUGAACUAGGCGAAUUUUUCCGUCACAAAUACGUGGAUACCGGCUUCAUCCCUGCCAACUUUUCCGUGAAAGAAGUCUAUCUGCGGUCGUCCGAUUCUGACAGAGCUCUCGUUUCGGCCCAAUCCUUCCUCUACGGAAUGUACCCUGCCGCAGGAGGUUAUCAGUGGAAUGCGGACACUGAUUGGCAACCUCUUCCCGUGCAUGGAUCCACCCCCGGACAGCCCGACUUGGUAGGUAAUAUUCCAUUCAAAGUACACAUCUUUUGGUUGAUUGAUCUUUGUGAUUUGCGUGGGUAAAACGAGGAAAGAGCUGAUAAGACUAUUAUCGGAGUUUCAGCUGUGCAAACCGACGGCAAUCAAGUGCUCCCGCCAUGAAACACUCGUGGCAGAGGGAGACCAGCAAUCGAAGGCCGUGUACGAUGCGAAGUACGCCGACUUCUUCAGCGAACUCUCAAAGACGACUGGCUUCAAGAACUGCUCCUACAUGGACAUCAACGGUCUGUUCGACGUGCAAAGAGAACUCAUUCACAACAUGACUGCCAUGCAGCCCGACUGGGUUUACCAGAACUGGAGCCAGUACGAUAAUCGGAAUUCGAUGGACAUUAUCACUGAAAUGAGAACGGUUCGGAUGAUGAAUCUGUUCAAUUCCGAAGAAAAAGGAAGACUUCAAGGUGGAUCCGUUCUGUAUACCUGGAUUCAGAAUGCGUUGGCAGUUACCGAAAGCCGAAAUGAUCAGAGAAUGCUAUUGUACUCUUCGGUAACUUAAAAUCAAAAAACAUGAGCCUCCUACAACCGUAUUUUCAUUUUCAGCACGACGGAGUUCUUCUGGCUCUUCUGAAUGCGUUCCGUGCUUCUAACGAAAUGAUGGUUCCCUAUGCGGCUGCUCUGAUUAUGCACGUUUACUCUGACAACGGAAAGUACUAUCCAGAGGUAUUUUAACAGAGAACGACUCUUUAAAAACACAUAUUUUCAGUUGUACUACCGUAACGAAACGACUGCCGAUCCGUACCGAGUACUUCUUCCCUGGUGUCCGGAACCUUGUGAAGUUUCCCAAUUGGCAAGUGGAUAUGUGAAUAUGACAGUGGCAGAUCUUUCCGAAAUGAUGACGGUAGGGUAACCAUCAUUCAACCAUUGAUCGUCAAAUUAUCAUUUCCAGUUAUGUGGGACGCCACUCAACGUUUGCGGAUCAUCGUCGUCCGUCCACAGUUAUCUAGUAUCUUUCCCAGUUCUGUUAUCCUUUUGUUGUUAUUAUCUUUCCAAUAAACUGUUCAAUUUCUCUCUCAACUCACCGACAAAUUCGGAGUGAAGUCGAUCGUGGCGGUGGGAGUCCUUUCGGUUAGCACCGCAUCCACCACUUUCAUGCAUCCGGAGCUCGUGUACACAUUCAGCAGAUCGUUGGGAAUUCCAUCAUGUUCGCUGAAAACAGAAUCAUUCGUGUUGUCAUUGUCAACUCUUUCUGUUGUUGCUCGCACAGAAACCAGGUGUUGGCAUCGCUCCCCCACUCGUUUUUAUUUUUGUUUUCUUCUUUCUCCUGCCCGCGGGACCAAACAACUGCCGCCGCCUCCUCCGCCUUCUUCGUGAUGGAUUCCGACGGAGAGGGAGGGGGAAAAGAGGAGCACGAGAAGGGAGCACACGGAGCACAUCUGCCAUUCCCGCCUGCGCCCGUCCUCCCCGAUGGUUUCCAGGUCGAGUUUCUUUUCGGUUCACUGCCAAUCUUUUCUUGAUUCGACUCACUUUGAGAUGGGAUUAGAACAGAACGACACUCAAACUACCGUUUUCUCCCAACUUUCCUAAUUCCUAACAUCUUCUCUCGCCAACCAAACCAUCUGAUUUCAGUAUGACCGACUACGCACUGGUGCGCUCUCGCAGCGCUCUCACGCGUGCCAGAUCCGUCGAACCGACUUCGCGUCUCUACGUAAGUGAUAACAAAAAACCACUGGCAGCUGAAUGAUUCAUUUGCCAACAACUGAUCACGUAAAGAAAUCAAGAACCUCUCCUCCUCUCCCGCUUUCUCAUAAUGUUACACUUUAUUGGUACCCCGCUUCUUCUUCUUCUUUUUCUGUCUUUUCACAGCUCAGGGUCACGUGUGAAGUGAAAAACAACAACAAUGAUUGGUGUUGCAGGUCACCCGCACUUCCUCCGUUCCGGACCUGACCGCCCAUUUCCGUCACUCGGACAAGUACCGUCCACAAUGGCACACCGUCUGGCAAUCGACCCCUUACCGCUGGCGUCGUGACUGGGAUCUGGUUUGUACUGGGAUCUUUGGGAGAAGUGGAAACAGUGGAACAUUUCGUUUCAGUACGAUGACUACUGGUACGACAAGUACUACUACUUCUCGCCGCUCUACCGUAGCACCUACUCGCCGAGCCGAAGAUACUACCACAGCGAUUACCUUCCGAAUCCUUACUACUGGAGCAACUACGGCUCGUACUGGACUCGCUACAAGGGCUACUGGUACGACUACGACUACCCGUCCUACUACCGCCGAUACACCAGCUCUGCUUUCAACAAUUACCUGAACUACACUUACACUCCAUACAGGUUUUCUCUAAUCUCUUCUGUCUCAAGUCUCGAUGACUGAAUCUGUUCAGAUCGUACUUGCUGGACUCUCUGAGCACGUCGCUCAACCGCGGACUGUCGAUGUACAAGGCAGGUUUGUACCGGUAUUGACCACUGUCAAAGGUAGUGUAGAGACAGGGCAGUGCCCCACAAACUUUCCGUCCAAACCUUUUCUCUUUUUAGAGCCCCGCAGUUUACGGUACUACUAAUCCCUUCUCGCCGCUCUAUCUCUACACUAGAUAUUAAUAAUGUGAGCCAUUUCUUUUAUAUAGUCUUCUGAGCAUUUCCCCUAUUUCAUAUUCCAGGCCUUAUCAACCACACGACGCUUGAUGCCUACUGGCUGA